UUGCUAAAGUGUUGAUUUCUUAUAAAUAGAACUUCUGCAGCGAGCAAACUUUCAGUAGGCCCACAAAUUUUGGCCCUUUUUAAUAGUGAAUUCCGCGCUCGAGUAAUAAGAAUGUCGCCUAUAUCUAUUGCUACCAUUUUGGUAGCCUGCUUAUGCUUAGCAUAUGCUGCUCCUUUUGCUGAGGAGGUUCAAACUCCUGUACCUGCCGCCGAAGUCAAUUAUCGUUUACCCUUAAAUAUUAAACCCAUCAACUACAAAAUUAAUCUUAAGCCUUAUUUGGAUGAAACUCAUCCCAAGGCCUUCAAAUUUGAUGGUGAAUGUUAUGUUGAAAUCCAAGCCCAACAAAAUACCAAAGAAAUUCAAUUGCAUAUUAAGAAUCUGAACAUCACUGUAAGUGAAUACUACAAAAAGGAUACACCUACAACUAAAAAGAAUUUGCCCACUGCCAGUCCCAAUAGCUUGACCGAUAUUGUGGUUUACACCUUAACUGAAGAAUUACAAGCUAAUGUUUCAUACAUUUUGCAUUAUGUUUACACUGGCAGCAUGGACGAUGAUAUGCACGGUUUCUACCGCAGUUACUAUAAAACCGCCAGCAAUGUCACCAAAUGGCUUGGUUCCACUCAGUUCCAAAGAAAUCAUGCCCGCCGUGCUUUCCCCUCUUUUGAUGAACCUAAAUUCAAGGCCACUUACGAUCUUUCUUUGACCCGCCACCGUAGCUUAAGAAGUGCCGGUCCCACUCGUCUAAUUGAAAUUAAACCCGAAGGUGAAUAUGUUACUGAUGUAUAUGACACUACUCCAAAAAUGUCCACCUACAUUUUGGCUUUCAUUGUUUCUGAAUUCAAUGAUCGUUAUGAUGGUGAGUUUGGUGUUCUUGCCAGACCCGAAUACUACUCCCAAACCGAAUACAUUUUCGAUGCUGGUAAGAAACUACUUAAAGCCUUAGACGACUACAUGGGUAUUCCCUAUUACUCAAUGGGUGAUGAUAAAAUGCACUUGGCUGCUAUUCCUGAUUUCUCUGCUGGUGCCAUGGAAAACUGGGGUCUCUUGACAUUCAGAGAACGUGCCUUACUCUAUGAUGAAGAACACAGUACGUUGAGUUCGAAACAGUAUAUUGCUGCUAUUGUUGCUCACGAACAGGCUCAUAUGUGGUGGGGUGAUUUGGUAACCUGUGAUUGGUGGAGUUACACCUGGUUGAACGAAGGUUUUGCCAGUUACUUUCAAUAUUUUGGCACACACAUGGUGGAAGACCAUUUGCAAAUGGAUAAACAAUUUGUUGUCGAUUACGUUCAAAGUGUUAUGGGUAUGGAUGCCACAAAUGCUACCAAUCCAAUGAGUGACGAAGAUACCAAUACUCCCGAAGAUUUGGGUCGUAUGUUCAACAGUAUAUCAUACAACAAAGCAGCCACUUUCAUUCGCAUGACCAAGUAUAUUUUGGGUGAAGAGAAAUUUAAAACUUCUCUAAAUGAUUAUCUUAAAACUCACUCAUAUACCAAUACCAUUCCCUCCGAUCUCUUUACAAUUUGGAAAAAAUACUGGCCUGCUGAAUUUGCUCAAUACGCCGAUGCUUACUUUGCCUCUUUCACCACUCAAGUUGGUUAUCCUGUUGUCACAUUUAAUCGCAUCAGUGAUACUGAAGUACAAAUCAGCCAAAAACGUUUCUUAUUGAAAGAUUUUGAUACAGCCGAUCCCAAAUUAAACUAUACCGUUCCCAUUACCUACACUACCAGCGUUGAAAAGAAUUUCGAAAAUGCUACUCCAAAAUUCUUCCUUACUGAAACACCCAAAACCGUUACAGUCAACAAAGAUGCUACAUGGAUUAUGGGCAAUAUUCAGGAGACUGGUUAUUAUCGUGUCAAUUAUGAUACUAAAUCUUGGCAUAAAAUCCAUCAUAAACUCUAUGCCAACAACUGGGAUGGCAUUCAUGAAUUGAAUCGUGCUCAAGUUGUUGAUGAUCUUUUGAAUUUGGCUCGUGCUGGUGAGAUCGACUACAGUUUGGCUUUCGAUGUUCUCGCAUAUCUUGAAACCGAAACCAACUACUUGCCCUGGACUGCCGCAUUCAAUGGUUUCAAUUAUCUAACCAUUCGCUUGGGCACGAAAACUCAGGACUUUGCUAGUUACAUCCGUCACCUCACCAACAAGGCAUACAACAAAUUGGGCUUCGAAGAAAAGAAAGAUGAUACUACUUUGGAUAUUUACAAUCGUGCUAAGAUCUUGGCUUGGUCCUGCAAAUUCGGCAACACUGAAUGUAUUGCCAAAGCCAAAUCUUAUUUCAAUAAAAACUUAAAGGCCGACCCUGUUCCCGUUAACAUUCGUUCUGUUGUCUAUUGUACCGCCAUGCGUGAAGGCAAUGAAGAAGACUUCAAUAAGCUUUACAACAAAUAUAAGACUGAAACAGUUGCCACUGAAGAAACAUUGAUUUUGAACAAUUUGGGUUGUGUUAGGGACAGCAAAUUGGUUUCCCGAUUCUUCCAUAUGGUUGCCUCCGAUGAAGUACGCCGUCAAGAUAAAUCAAGCGCAUUGAGCAGUUUGUAUUCCGAAAAUAAUGAAAAUGUUGAACCUGUCUUUGACUUGGUCGACGAAAACGUUGAAAAACUUGCCGACUCUAUGGGUGGUUACUCCUCGGUAGCUACUGUUGUCUCCAACAUUGCUUCCCGUUUCACAACCGAAGCUCAACUAACAAAAUUGAAAGCUUUUAAUACCAAACAUAAAGAUAAGUUUGGCAGUUCAAUUUCCACUUUGGAAAAUGCUGUAAAGACCGUUGAAUUUAAUUUGAACUGGUCUAAAACCAAUUUAGGAGCAAUCAACAACUUUUUGCAACAAUAUGGCAUCAACAGUGCUGGCAUUAACAGCAUCUCACUUGUUUCCUUAGUUGUAGUGGCCUUGAUUGCCAUGAUCUUCCACUAAAGAUUUAUGCUGUAAAGAUAAACCUUUUUUGUGUGCAAGAGUUCAUAGUUUUAAAACAAAAAUUUGUUUGUUAACUUAUUGUUAUUUAAUGUAUUUUAGUUAAUAUAUCCCUAAAUAUAAUAAUAAUAAUAAUAAUAAAAGAAAACCAUAAAAAACUGUA